AGAUUAACCUGAGGUGUCAAUUAAGUAGUGACCGUCAUUAGCCGAUCUAUAUCGUAGAUAAGAUAUGACAACCGAAGAAAAAUCCAAAGUUUCAAGUGAGCCAAUUCCAAUUCCAGUCACUGCAAGGACUAGUGAAGUAUUCCGAUUCAAUGCUAAAUGGGUAGCAUAUCUUCAUGCUACCAGUGCCUAUGCUGCAUUUCUUGUUGCAUUAAUAGUGGGUUCAACCUUACAUUAUCAUAAGAUAGUGCAGAACUCAUCGUAUGGAUAUCCUGAUGAAUGGUUUCCUAGUGUUUCUGCUACAAUUGGUGAUAGAUAUCCUGAAAGAUCUAUAUUUCAAAUAUUAAUUGCUGUAACAGCUGGUCCUAGAUUUUUAUUAUUAAUAUUUAAUUUCAUUCGUCUAUAUAAACCUAAUACUUUCUUACCUUAUAUUGCCAUAAUUUCAGGAAUACUUAGAACUUUUACUUGUGGAGGUUUUGUUUAUAUUACAUCAACUGAUGAUCAUGAUUGGCAUGAUAUAUUUAUGAUAAGUUAUAUUAUAUUAACUAUCCCUUGGAAUGUGGCUAUCACUUUAUUAUCAGAUAAGAAAUCUAUACAAAGAUCAGGAAGAUUCUAUACUUCAAUCUCAUUCUUUGGAACUUUAAUACCUUUAAUAUAUUGGUUUAUUCAACAUAAAGUUCAUGUAAGAGCAGGUGCAUAUUCAAUCUAUGCCUAUUUUGAAUGGGCACUUAUUAUUUUGGAUGUAGCCUUUGAUACUUGGUCUAUUGUAGAUUUUAAAGAUAUAGAUAUUGUCUUUGAAGGUAAUGGUAUAUCUUUAAAUUCUACAGUACCAACCCCAAAAGUAUCUGAAAAGCAAACCCCAUUGACUGCUAAUGAUGAGUUUACAACCUUUGAAUUCAUUAUCAAUUCCAUAAAUUCAUUCAUAUUCUGGUCAGUCAUAACUUCUUUAAUCUUAUGUGUAUGGUACUUCCCCUUAUGGCAUAUGGGAAUUUCUGGUUAUGAAGCAGCUGUAUUUGCUUUAUUCAUUCCUAUAAUUAUCUUAAUUAUACCAUUUCUUAGAAAUUUAUUAGCUAAAAUCCCCUUUGUUACUAGAACUUUAACAGUAUUAUUUGGAAUUGGAGCUUAUAAAAUAGAAGAUCCUGAACAAAAAUUAUUAGCUAUAACGGCUGGUACAUCAUUUGGAGUUAUUUCCCUUGUAGUAGAACUUGGAGCUUUAUCAACUCAACCUAAGAAAUUCUUAUCAUUUAUAACUACUUUUAUUAUUGGAUUAACGGCUACAUCGACAGCUAAAUAUUUGAAUUACUCCAAUAAUCCUAUUUGGGCCAUAAUGCAUCAAGAAAAUGGAGGUUUCAAUGAAGUAGGGAUUGUUAUUGGAUUAUUGGGUUCACUUUUAACUCCUAGAUUAAAUGCCAAUACUUUCGCCAAACUUCCAAUUCAAGGUGGAUCUUUCUUAUUAGCAGCCAUAGGGGUCGGUGGAUAUAUGUUUACUAUUCAUUCAUAUUUAAGUGAUACAUCUACUUUAGCAUUAUGGACUUGGGAGGGUUUCCCCAUAAUAGGUCCAACUCCUAUAACUGCAGGAUUAAUUAAUAUUGGUUCAAUUAUAAUUGGAAUUCUCUUAUCACUUUCUGGAUCUCCAAUAAUUGAAUCAUCUCUAUAUAACAUCUUCUUAGGAGGUGGAAGUGCUACUAUACUUUACUUUUUUAAAGGUUGGUUAGGAUAUUUGGGUGCUUCAGUAUAUACCAUCUACAUUGCUUCUAUUUCUCCUUUAAUUUGGAAAUCCACUAUAGGUUAUAAUUCUGGUUUAUUAUUCUUUAUUGGAUUCUUUUAUUAUGUGGUAUUGGCCUUGGCCAGUGUAUGGAUUGUUGCUUAUGCCUUUGUUCCGGGUGGAUUCUUAUUAAGAGAAAGAACUGACAUUAUCUUAGCCUCCUCAUUCAUCCUGAUUUUGGUGGGGGUAUUUAAUUAUAAUGUUAGAUUCAAUAGUAAAGGUAGGAAUACUUCUCCAUUAAACUUUAAAUCUUGUACCCUUGUUAAACAAUCUCUAGUUGUUUUAAGUAUCUUAUUGGCUAUAACUGGUUAUGGAUUUAAUGUAAGAUAUAAUAACCCAUAUCAAAAACCAUAUAAUGAAGCAUCUAAAUCAUUCACAGCCGGUAUAUGGUGUGUUCAUUUUGGAUUAGAUAAUGAUAUGUGGUCUAGUGAAAUUCGUAUGAGAAAUUUAAUUAAAGAAGCUCAAGUAGAUAUUAUUGGAUUACUUGAAACAGAUACUCAACGAUUAAUUGGAGGUAAUCGAGAUUUUACUCAAACAAUUGCUGAAGAUUUAGGUAUGUAUGUUGAUUAUGGUCCUGGACCUAAUAAACAUACUUGGGGAGCAGCUUUAUUAUCUAAAUUCCCCAUUAUAAAUUCAACUCAUCAUUUAUUACCUUCACCAGUAGGAGAAUUAGCUCCAGCAAUUCAUGCAACCUUAGAUAUUUAUGGUGAAUUAAUUGAUGUAGUUGUAUUCCAUUCUGGUCAAGAAGAAGAUGUAGAAGAUAGAAGAUUACAAAGUUUAGGGGUUCAAGAAAUUAUGGCUAAUUCAACUAGACCACUUGUAUUAUUAAGUUAUUUAGUAACUGAACCAUUACAGGGGAAUUAUAAUACUUAUGUUAGUGAAAAAUCUAGAAUGUAUGAUAUCGAUAAUACUGAUUGGGAUAGAUGGUGUGAAUACAUUUUAUUCCGUCAAUUAAAGAAGGUUGCUUAUGCUCGUAUAUCCCGAUCAACCAUUACUGAUACUGAAUUACAAAUUGCUAAAUUUAAGUUACUUACUGACCAGGAAAAGCUUGAAGAUGAUCAACCAUUCUUAUAUGGUAAUAACUAUAUUGAUGAAAAUACUAUUGAUGAAAACUUAAGAAUGCCUCAAUUGUUUAGAGGAGAUGGGGUAAGAGGCCAUAGAUAUCAUGUGUUUGAUGAGCCACGAUACUUUGCUCAGGACAAAUCACAAGUCCAUAGCGAAGGAGAACAAGAGGAGCAAGAAGUGGAGGAAGGACAAGUAGAGGAAGAUUAUGAGCAAUAGGCUUACAUAAAAGUUACAUAGAGUUAGUUACUGAACAUGUAGAAAUCAAAUCAAACGUUAAUGAUAUAAUAAAUAA